AUGAUCAGUUCAAGAAAUAUAAAUGAAACGGAUGAGUUCGAUUGCACUAUACUUAUUGCGAGUAAUAAAUAUAACAAGUCGUACGAUAGAAAAACCAAACUGAUUACGUUAAAUGUUGAACAAAAUUUAAAUACUGGAUGGUUUUUCGUGAAUUCUACUACAUCUACCACAUUACCACAAUUAUUUGAAAAAUUGACAGAAGAGGAAAUUCACAAAGAUAACGAGCAUGAUCAGUAUGGAAAACAGCAAUUAUUACGAAAGAAAUUUGUUAAUGUAAUACACAAUCAGGAAAUUAUAGAUGACUUAAAUUCUCAAGAUGAUAAUUUCAGUCUGAUAUUGCCCAGUCCAUCAAAAACGAAAUCGAGCCACAUGUCAUUCAUUAUGGAUACAAUACAAUCAGUAGAAUUAGAAAAUGAAAGUAAAAUCGAGUCUUUAGAAGAUGAUACAUCAACAUCUGCUAAUAAUUUACGAGGAUUGAAUGUAGGUCAAAAAUUGCAGAAAACUUCUGGAAAACAAAUUUUGAUAAAGGAUAAAAUUGAGAAUAAACGCGUAUCAAUGCUUUCGACCUGUACAAGACAAAAUAAACCCAAAAGACAAACUAAUUUAAGAACAUUAAAACUAGAUGAGAAGAGUAAUCAAGCAUCAGGUGUUCCUGUGCGAAUUGAAGAAUAUGUACACAAUAAAAAUAAAAAAGUCGAUAAAAAACAAGUAUCUGAACUUAUCGAGCCAUCCAACACAAAAUCCAAUCAAGAUAUACUGUUUAUCAAUGAUAAAUCAGUCAGAGAGAACGUACCGUUUCUGCUUGCUACUUCAGAAUCCGAUGUUGACGACCAGUUGAAAACGUUUCAUGAACCAUCAAAACAUCAUCAAUCACCAUUGACAAGAACAAACCAUGUAUCUAUUCAUCGAUAUAACAAAUCACAAAUGAAAAUGAUAAAAACACAAAAUACAUCAACGCUUUUCAAAUUGGAACCACAUCGGCAACAAUCGCUGUUCGCUUGGAUUCAUCACCCUGAUCCACCCACUUUAAUACUUUGCCCAAAAUGUGCUAGUCAUAAAGAUUUUGGUCAGACAAGUGAUGGUCAGUUCUCGAACACGAGAGUGGAAUCAAAUGCAGCUGUAGUACUAGAACCACGCUUAAAAGACUGUUGGAUCAAGAGAGGCGAUGACGAGAAAAUCGUCUUCAGUGGUUCUACGCAACAAUCAUUUAAUACUCGAAGCGAAUCAAAAUGGGUAAUAAAUCAACAGCAGAAACCACCAUCGAAACGAGUACCUGAAUAUGAAGACAUGGAACCAAGUCAACAAACAAUUUCGAACUAUUCCAAACAAAACUCAGCAUUUCCUAGUAGUGGAAGUAUACCAUCAACUAGAUAUGAAAAAUUAGAUCAUCUGCUAUCGGUCAAACUAAAGACAGACUUGAUGGCAAAAGAAACAUUCUCUUUACGAUUGUCAAACCAUUCUUUGUUAAUGCCAUAUAAAUACACGCAUACACAUCGAGAAUAUGACCCAAAACGAAAUCAAUCAUGUGUCUCAUAUUUUUAUCUAAAGCCUGAACGUGAAAAAUUCUUAUAUACAAAUCAAACCCUAUCAAUAUUACCUACUUCCGCUACAGUACAACAAGAAGAAAUUACAAACGAGUUAUCUGCCACUACUGUUGAUCAUCAAUAUCAAUUUAUAUUGAAUUCGAAGCAAUUAUCGAUAGAAGACAGACUAGCAAAAUUGAACAACAUUCCACAAAAUAUACAAGCAUCAUUCAAAAAUAAAGAAAGUAAAAUAGUUCAAGCUGAAGAACGACCGUCAAGUCCAAGUGUACCAAAUUGUAUUGAUAGAAUAACCAGCCUUGUAGACAACAGUCAACCUAAAUCGUCAUUAACUUUAAAACGGUAG